AUGGCCGUUCGAGAUAUAGAGGAACAAGGCAAACCUGCAAUGGAAAAUUCUGUCAAAUGCAGUGUCCGGCGUCCUAACGCCAAUUGUUUAUCCUCAGAAGAUCAGAUUAACUGGUGUAAAGAAACUGACUUGAGGGGCCCACUAACCCCCCCCCCCCUCCCCCCGUCUCCGCCGCACGAUGAGCUAAAGCGAGGCGUCCGUGGCCCUGGUGGCGGGCCCCUCCGCCAGCGGCCUCCCCGAUCCCCCUGCUCUCCCUCGGCGGCCGCGGCCACCCCCACGGCCCUCACCCUCGGCUCGCGCUCCAACCCGGGCGCUGGCGGUGGUCGGGGGCGCCGCGGUCCUGCUGGGCCCCCCGGGGUCUGGUCGGGGCCAAGGCUGCGGCCGCCGCCCGCCGCGGCAGGGAAGCGCCCCCCCCUCGCGACGACGGAUACUCACAAACGCCGUGACGUCCUCUUCGCCGCCCCGGAUCGCCGACCACCCUCCAACUGCGGCCUCCCCCCGUCUGCGGAGCGUCGGCCACCCCCUCGGACCAGCGGGCCGAGGGACGGGGCGCUGUCAGGGCCCCUGUUCGGGAGCCCCGACGCGCCUCCAGCCCACUCUCCACCCCCCGCCUCGCCCUUUUCCAGCGGCCCCCUUUCCCGGCCGCGCCCAAGUCCGCCUCCGUCGCCCCCACCCCUACCAAGUGCCAUUUCCCUCCCUACUGACGCGAUCUUCCCAAACCGUCAUAAGAUUAAAGCCGCUCGCCACACCUACGCUAAGUCCCAGACGACGCCGCCCACCCAUGAAAUCCCGCCGAAAAACCCCCACGAUCAGCUCUAG